AUGGGGCAAGGCAAGGAGACGAAGACGCGACCAGACCCCAAGGUGGAGAUCCAGGAGAAGGGCGAGAUCUUCUUCUUCUACCGCCCCAAGGUAGACAAGAACGAGGCGCACAGCCCCGACGACGUGCAGCGCAUGUACAUCGUCCUGCGCCCUGAGUCCACCGGCGGCCGCGGCGUCGAAGAGAAGCAGGCGCCGGACUCCGGCAAGGAAGGCCGCAAGCGCCACCAACAAGGCGACGGUGGCCAGGGAAGAAACGAGGAGAAAGGCGCGGAAGGCGGCCACGGCAAGGAGGAGGUGGACAUCGAAGAGCAGCCGUUGCUCCGACUGGUCGUGAUGGGGAAGAAGAGCCUGCCGGACCCGGCGAAGCACAGCCGCCCGUACUGGGGUUACGUCGAGCUCGUCACCACAAAGGUCCAGGACAUCAAGGACGCGCUCAAGGAAGAGGAGUACAGCACGGCGACGCGAGGUAAGCGGCACAGGCCGGCGGCGCGGGCGUUGGGCGAGGGCGUGUACCGCAUCCUGAAGCACGAGACGUCCGGCGGGCGGGGGCGGAGCCCGCAGUCGCACACCCACCUCGUGUACAAGCUGGAGCUCCGCACCCGCGGCGCCGGGGAACCGCAGGAGGCGAUGAACGUGGCGCCGGAGGCGUCGUUCCUCGUGCAGGUGAAGAACCCCGACCCGCCCUCCGGCGGCCGCGACGGCGGCGGGUUCCGCGGGCUGCAGAGCAAGCGCCGGGCGGCGUUCCCCGCCCACCUACAGGGCGCGUUCGGCAGCCGGCGGUACGCGCCGGCGGACCCGCCGGACCUGCUCAACUACGAGGGGUGCCAGCUACUGCUCAUCGCGGCGUCGGACGACGUGGAGGACGAGCUCGGGCUGCAGCUGGAGGGCGAAGUGGAGGUGGAGGACGGCGAGGGUGAGAAUCAGCAGGCCGCGGCGAGCUGCUCGGACCUGGUGAAGAUGUUCGGCGAGGUGGCCGACGUGAAGCCGCUGCUGAGCGGGAGCUGGGACUAG